CGAAGUGUGUAUGUGUAUGAGUGUGUAGGAUUAUGAACAUUCAAAUACAAUUACAUGUUGUGUACCUUUGGUUUUUUCUAACUAAACAUUGCUAAAUUUAUUUGUUGUUAACUAACGAAUUUGAGGAAGAAGUUCAUAGAAUAUUCUAUUUAAAAUAAAGACGAUAAUUUUAUAUCAAAGUGUAAAUUCGAAUUGUGAAGUUUAGGUUAAUUGGUACAAUUAAUAUGGUGAAAACGUUUUGAAUCUUUACAAUUCAGUUGAGAAUAUCUGUACUUUAGAAAUAUGAAUAAUGAUAAGGUUUUAUUUAUUCUGAGCAAUAAUAUGAAACAAAAGACUUUUUGAACCUUGCUUUAAGAAUAUAAAAUCAACAUUAAUGCAUGCAUCUUUGAAGAAAUGGAAAUCUGAGUGAAAUCAUAAAUUUGUGUUCGUAGUGAAACAACCCAGUUCUGAAGUUUCAAUUGAUUAAAAACUUGAAACAUGUGGCUCACGACUUCAGAAGCAUCGAUGAUGGGUUCAGAAGAGGUUGCUGCACGCUUGCAAGUAGAUUCUAGAAUGGGUCUUAGAUGGGAUGAAGUGAAUCACAGAAAACAAAUGUUCGGACAUAAUGAACUUGAAUUACAAAAAGAUGAUUCUACGUGGCAAAAAUAUUUAGAACAAUUCCAAAAUCCAUUGAUAUUGCUUUUGAUCGGGUCUGCUGUUGUUAGUUUAUUUAUGAAGCAAUUUGAUGAUGCAAUAAGUAUUACAGUAGCAAUUAUUAUUGUUGUGACAGUUGCAUUUGUUCAAGAGUACCGUUCUGAGAAGUCUUUAGAGGCAUUGAGUAAACUUGUACCUCCUACGUGUACUUGUCUACGGAAUGGAAGCCUCACGACAUUUUUAGCUAGAGAUUUAGUUCCUGGAGAUGUAGUUUAUUUAAAUGUUGGUGAUAAAGUACCUGCAGAUAUGAGGCUUUUCGAAGCUGUAGAACUAGCUAUCGAUGAAAGCAGUUUUACCGGAGAAACUGAGCCAUGUAAAAAAAUUACAAUGCCACUAUUGAAAUCUAAUGGACAUGACACAAAAAGAAAUAUCUCAUUUAUGGGCACCCUCGUUCGAUGUGGAACAGGCAAAGGAAUAGUUAUAAAUAUUGGUGCAAAAAGUGAGUUUGGUGAAAUAUUUGCUAUGAUGCAAUCUGAAGAAGCUCCAAAGACACCGUUGCAAAAAAGUAUGGAUACAUUAGGAAAACAGCUUUCAUUUUAUUCUUUGUGCAUUAUCGGAAUAAUUAUUGUAUCUGGUUGGAUACAAGGAAAAGCUGUAUUAGAAAUGUUUACUAUAGGAGUGAGUCUAGCUGUAGCAGCUAUACCUGAAGGAUUGCCAAUAGUUGUUACUGUGACAUUGGCCUUGGGUGUUAUGAGAAUGGCCAAAAGAAAAGCAAUCGUAAAAAAAUUACCUACGGUAGAAACAUUAGGCUGCGUGAAUGUUAUAUGUUCAGACAAAACAGGCACAAUAACGAAAAAUGAGAUGACUGUAACAGUCAUUGUGACUUCAGAUAAUUAUGUUGCCGAUGUCACCGGAUCUGGAUAUAAUGCUAAUGGAGAUAUUAAAAUUCGUAACUGUGAAAGUAUCGAUUUUGCUCAGGCAGCUAUCUACAAUAUUUUAGAGGUUGGGUGUGUUUGUAAUAAUGCUGUCAUUCAAAAUAACAAACUCCUGGGACAACCAACUGAAGGUGCUUUAUUAGCUGCUGCUAUGAAAAAUGGAAUGUAUGGUUUGGCAGAACGAUAUAUUAGACUUCAAGAAUAUCCAUUUUCCUCUGAACAAAAAAUGAUGGUUGUGAAAUGUGUUUCUAAAAAUUUUGACAAUCCUACUGAAAUUUUUUUUGUCAAAGGAGCUCUUGAAAAAGUACUGACUCAAUGCACAAAAUACUCAUUCAAUGGCAAAGAUUAUCUUCUUUCAAGAAAAAAAGAAGAAGAAUUUUUUUUGGAUGCGUAUAAUAUUGGACAACGAGGAUUAAGAGUUAUUGCAUUGGCACGAGGCUACUCGUUACAAGAUUUAGUUUAUCUAGGAGUUGUUGGGAUUUGCGAUCCUCCAAAACUUCAUAUUCAAGAAACCAUAUCAAAUCUUAUUAGCAGUGGAGUGCGUUUUAAAAUGAUAACUGGCGAUUCAAUGGAAACCUCGGCUGCCAUAGGUAGCAUGAUUGGUUUAGAUGUAAAACAGCAACAUCUCAUGUCUGGCGAAGAAAUUGAAAACUACACCCAAUACGAUUUAGAUGAAAAAAUAAAUAAUACUCAUGUUUUUUAUCGGGUAUCACCAAAACAUAAAGUUCUUAUUGUUAAAUCUUUGCAAAAAAAAGGAAAUAUUGUCGGUAUGAUAGGAGAUGGAAUUAAUGAUGGUAUUGCUCUGAAAAAGGCUGAUAUUGGAAUUGCAAUGGGCUUAAGCGGGACAGAUUUUUGUAAAGAAGUAGCUGAUAUGAUACUUAUAGAUGAUGAUUUUCAAACUAUCAUUUCUGCGAUCGAAGAAGGAAAGAGUAUUUUUUAUAAUAUUCGUAACUUCGUGAGAUUUCAAUUGAGUACAAGUAUCGCUGCCUUAUCUCUGAUAGCACUUACGACCUCUGUUGGUGUACCAAACCCCUUGAAUGCAAUGCAAAUUUUAUGGAUAAACAUAAUUAUGGAUGGACUUCCAGCUCAAAGUCUUGGAGUCGAGCCUGUUGAUAAAGAUGUGUUAAACCAAAAACCAAGAAACAUUCAAGAGCCCAUGAUCACAAAGUAUGUUAUCAUGAAUGUUCUACUUUCAGCAGUCACAAUUUUACUUGGAACUCUAUAUGUUUAUUAUCUAGAAAUGAAUUCUAAUGAAAUGACAUCAAGGAACACGACUAUGACAUUUACUUGCUUCGUUCUUUUCGAUAUGUUUAAUGCACUUAGUUGUCGCUCUCAAACAAAGUCUAUUUUUUCUGUCGGAUUUUUCACCAAUAAGACUUUUCUAGUGGCCGUAGCAUUGUCCUUACUAGGCCAAAUACUUGUGAUUUACUUUCCUCCACUACAAAAAAUUUUUCAAACGGAAGCUUUGUCCGCAAAAGAUUUGGUAUUUUUAACUGCUCUAACAUCUAGUGUAUUUAUUGUCAGUGAAAUAAAGAAAUUCAUUGAGAAUGUGUAUUUGAAGCGAAAAAAUGCAAAUCCUAGAGGACGAACACAUCUAUUUUGGGCCUAA